UCAUGCCAAGUGCGACUUUUUUUCGCACUUGUGUGAUUGUAUCCGAACGGCCCUCGCAGUACUCAAUUUCAUGUCGUUCUAAAAACAUCUCCUGAAAAAAAAUUCAAUUUGCUGGAAAUAUGGUAGGUUGUGCAGUGAAUGGAUGUUAUAACACAACAAAUAAUAAUAAGAAACCGUCCGACAUUACAUUCCACGCUAAGGUGGCGCCGCUGCAGAGUAGCACACAACUUUACCUACAUCCAUGUAAUACAAUAUGUAGAGAUAUAGUUUUAAUUCAGGUCAAAUGCGAUUCUAACGGUUUUAUUAGAUUUCCGAUUGAUCCGCUUCUGGCUGCGAAAUGGACGGAGAAAAUUAGACUGAACAGGAACGAUGCUACGUGGAAACCGACCAAACACAGUCGAAUAUGCUCGGUGCAUUUUGACGAGGGGGACAAAUACGAAAGUAAAAAUGGCUUGCGCAAGUUAUGCCGUGGCACGGUCCCAACUAAAAAUGUACCUGUUUUUAUCACAGAAGAGAAACGCAAUGACCCAUGUAACAUUCUAAAUCAACACGGCCCAAGUUCACCACAACGGGGUACCUCGCGAGACGACGCUAACAAAACACAAUUAAAAUCACCAUCUUUAUCUUCCACUUCCAUAGCGUCUUCAAUUUUUGAUUCACCAAAAGAGGCUUCAUUGCGGCAAAAAUUAAAGAGGAAAGUAAUUUUGCAACGCAAAUUGACUAAAAAAAUCAAAUUCCUUCAACAAAAAACACGACGAUUAACGAAAAGAAAUGAAUCACUACAGAAUAUUAUAAAAGAAUUACGCAAAAAAAGAUCUGUCAAUAACGACGUGUGCAACGUAUUAUCAGAAAAAGUACAGCAAGCAGAGCAGUACAAGACCAUGGCUUUAGAAAAAACUACAGCAAAUAAACAGCUCAUGCCAGAAUGUACUCCAGUGAAUAGAUAUUAAAGUUCUGCCUCCCUUUUA